AUGGGCACUGAUGAGGCAGCAUCGAUGGGCACUGAUAGGGCAGCACUGAUGGGCACUGAUGGGCAGCACUACUGGGCACAGUCUUGUCCAGGGGCGGACUGACAACUCAUGGAAACCCCGGGCAAUAGGGGAUCAUGGGGCCCCUGUGUCCUUGCCCAAACUCAAAAAAGCCUAUGAAAAAGGUACCAGGGGCAUCUCAUGGGGCCCCCUACUGACCCCGGACCUUGGGCAGUGCCUGAGUUUCCAAAUGGUCAGUCCGCCCCUGGUCUUGUCCUAGGGCGA